GUCGUGAGGGAAUGAACUUCUGAGUGGGGCCUUUCAUUCUAUCGUUUCUUAUAACAGGAAGUUUGAAGCCGGAGGCGGUUGAUCAAAAUGCCUGAAGCGAUGGCAGACGGUGGGAGGAGGCUCGUGACACUCGACGACCUCAUCGAUGCCUUGGACAAGCGCGAGAGGGCGCCAAGCAAUGUCCCAAAGAUUGAGACAUUCCACUUCAAGGGGGAUUGGGUAUCUGACUGGUUGGAUGUGACAGAGCAGGCGCUGGUAGGACUGUCAUAUGAGGUCAAGCUCCAGCGGGUCCUGAGGUACAUCCUGCAUAGUCACUAUCGGGGAGUAAUGGACGCCGCCAGCGGCAGUUGGGCAAAGUUUGGGGACCUGAUGCGGAGGAAGUACACGCUGGGGGAUGGCCUGUUGACCAUGGCCGACUUGGAGGCCAUGAAUAAGGAAGACUUCUCUACCAUUGGGGCGUUCGUGCACGAAUUUAAGAAAAAGGCGAGGAAAUUGCACGGGAUUUCUGAGGAGGCGCAGUGCGCCACAUUUUUGGGGUUGCUUACGGGUUUGGAGGCCACUGAGUUGACAAAGUAUGGGGAAGGGAGUGAGAGGCUCACCUGGGCAACUAUUGACAAGGGAGUGGAAGAAGGGAGCCUGGACCAGGUGGAGCAACACCAAAUGAGGUUGCAAAGGCGUAAGAGGAAGGAGAGGGAUGCUACUGCAUCUGGGACCCCAGGAGUGAAGAGAAUCGUCACGGACGUGUUGGCGGCGCCCGGGAAGGAAAGGGGACCCUGCGAUGGCCCAGACCCGGACGACAAGUCAACCUUUUUUAGGGGAGGGCUUAAGCAGGGCUCCCAAAGGCGGUACAAGACCAUAGACAAGAAGUGUCGCCCAGUCCCCAUGCUUGUUACGGAGGAUGAAGAGGCCUAUUAUAAGCGGGAGCGGGGACUGAUCAGACGAAUGCGGGAGCGUGCGCAGGCAGGGUCGUGUCGAAUAAAUGAUGGGAAUGAAGAGGAGUUGAUAAUUGGCGAGCCUGGCUUCCUUUCGCCCCAGGAGAGGACCUUGAUGGUGGAGACCAUGAAGAGGAGGCAUUGCGCAUAUGCGUUUAACGAUGACGAGCGUGGGAGGUUGGACGUGGAUAAGAUCCCAAUGAUACGAAUCCAUACCGUCCCACACGAGCCAUGGAAUCUGAGGGGCGCGCGAUACCCGAAUCAAGAUGAAGAGAAGAAGGUGGUGGACUACCUGGACGGGAAGAUGCGGACAUACGUGGCAGACUAUUCCAGUGGACCGUAUGCCUCCCCUUGGUUUUGUUUUAUUAAGCCGAACGGGACGCUACGGUGGGUGCAGGAUUUGCAACGAUUGAAUGCAGUGACGGUGCGGGACGCGAGAGGAUUGCCGAACGCGGACGCCCUGUCAGAGUCAUGCGCAGGAAGGCCUAUAAUCUCACUUAUAGACCUUUAUUCUGGGUAUGACCAGUUUUUUGUAUACCCGCCGGAUAGGCCGGUGACGGCAAUGCAUACACCAAGGGGGCUGAUCCACAUGAACGUGGCCCCUCAGGGGUGGACUAAUGCGGUGGCGAUGGUGCAAAGGCACAUGAUUAGGGUCAUGCAGACGGUUAGUCCACAUAUUACCCAGCCCUACAUUGACGAUCUGGCGGUCAAGGGUCCAAAAGAGAAGGAGGAAAACGAAGUGAUGCCCGGAGUGAGGCGGUUCGUCUGGAAACACAUCCAGGAUAUCGAUCAGGUUCUGGGUCUGCUGGAGGAGCACAACUUGACGGCGAGCGGCCCCAAGUCGAAGCACUGUAUGAGGGAGGCCACGAUCCUGGGCUUUGUCUGUAAUGAGAAGGGGUGGAGGUCAGAUGUGAAGAAAACGGACAAGAUCCUAGAGUGGGCGAAUCUGGAGUCAAUUGAGGAUACCCCACCAGUCGACGGGUUCUUGGAUCAGGAGGAGGAUGUCCGCCUCCACAUAAAUGAAUGGUCGUUGAGGGUGCCUAGUUGCGUCACGCAUCCCAUAUGGCUAGCGCCAAGGGGGUACGAGCGAAAGGAGGAGUUGGUCCUCAAGCCCUUCCAGGAAGAAGAUCCGUGGGGGAGUAGGGAUGUUGGUUGGAUGAUGAAGUUGGCAUUGGCGGGUAUACAUAGUCCGGCAGAGGAAGUGAGGACGAUAGAGGAACGCCCAACCCAGGUAGAGGAGCAUGAGCAAUUAAUGGGAGGGAUGUAUUUGCUCACUAAUACGCUUCUGCAGGGAAACUUUAACCAGAGGGGCUCAUUUGGUCAUGAGGACAGUGAACUUCUUGUUCCUGAAAGUCAGGACAAUGAGUUACAAGAGGGAGAGAUCAAGGAGGCGUUUCGCGCAGAAGAGUAUGACGGGAUCUAUCGGGAAUUGGGGUUACUCCUGUCAUGCGAGAUAAGGGAAAGGGAUGCAAGUGCCAAAGCCCAAAAGAUGAGGCAUCUCUACGUAGUAAGAGAUGGUCACCUGCUUAUAAAGCGAUCUGACUUUUCGAAGGCAGUCAUGCAGAGGGGCGGGAGGGACACACGGCCACGGCAGGGGCCCCAGAGGGCAGCAGGAAGAGGCGAGCAGCAUGAGCCGCCUAGGAGGGACCCUACGCCUAAGUUCGGCGACGAUAAUAUAGAGCUCUUCCUGGACGUGUAUCGGGAUCAUGCGGCACAGAGAGGGUGGUCAGUGGCGAAGAGGAUCCACCACUUGAGGGGUAUAGGGCGGUUUGAGGAGCCUAUCGCUCAGAUAUGUGAGGGGGCCCUGACUUGGCCAGAUGUGGAGGCCGGGAUGCAGAGGUUGAGAGCUUCCCCUAGAGAGCGCGAUGGCAUGCCCAUUCGAUUGGAGGAGGGGAACGCGGAGGAGUUUAUUCUCGCGUAUGAGCAUUAUAUGCCGAACAUGCGAGACCGAGAGGAGCCGCGGGAUCCUGAGAUGGCAGCUGAGCAGCCGGAUCCGGUACGGCCUCAGGAUGAGGAGGUGAUCAUGGUCGGAGACGAUACCCCUCCAUGCUCCCCAGGUCCAGAGCCAGCACAACAUUCAUGGCCAGAGGGGAUUCCUGAGCCAGGCAGCGAGGAGAUUCUGGAGUUUCCCCCAGAAACCACUGUGGUGCCUGAGCAGGAGGCAGAGAUGGAGAAGCAGGGGGCGGGUGGGGGAGCGGAGAUGGAGGCGAUUCACGAUCCACCUUUAGUCAUGCCCGCGACCGAGCGCCCAGCUAUCAGGGAGCCUGUACUGGACGGGCUGAUGCCGGCAUUGCCGAGUACGAGCGAGAGGAUGGGUGCCGAGGCGUCGACUCCGGAAGGCCAGGGGCCGCAAGUGAAGGGAGCCUCAAGAGAAACCCGCGAGGAGAAGUCCGCCAGAGUGCGAGUCCGUUUGGACGAGAUACCCGCAAGGCAGGCUGAGAUGGAGGCGGUAGGGAUAGAGCCGACACCGCCGGUCGAUCCCAAAACGAGUGAGCAGCGGAUCGACGAGUUGUGGGCGAGGUACGAGGGCCAGAGGGACGCAGCCCGCCAGAGGUCACGAGAGGCGGGGCAGGCGGACGUGGAUGCGGGUGAGCUGCGGGAGAUGGGGGACUUGGGGUUCGCUGCGACUAGGAUGGCGAUUGAGCGUGUGGACAGAAAGAUAUGUGAGACGGCAGUUACAUCCUUCCAGUGGUAUAGUUUACUCAGCGGUGAGCUCAGGGUCAGAGAGUUGGAGGUGGAGCACCUGACUACUCAGCUUGCCGAGGAGAGGGCGAGGAGCUAGGCCAGAGAAGUUGAAUGGGAAAGGAGAUUUGGAGAGAUGGCAGCCACCGUGGACAGGCUUUCGGCAGCCUGGGAGGCUAGCCAUACGGGACGA